GCGAAUAUACAGGAUAAGCAGACAAUUGUUUUUCGUGGCUAAUUACAGUAGCCAGACCUCGAAGACAAAGCGUAAAUUUGGAAAUGGCAUUUUUGUGUCCUGUGCGCAUGCGGCGCGAUAAGAAGAAAGCUACCAAUGCAAACAUCGAACGUGAUCUGCCCACAGUGGGUCUAGUUGGCAUGGGACGAAUUACGGGAUCAUCUAGCAUCGAGACAUUGGUACGUGUCGGUAUAGAAAAAGAGCACGGUCUCAGUCCCGAUUCUAAAAUGGUGGUGUUACAUGACUUUACGCCCUGUGUUGACGAUGAACUAGAAGUCAAGCGUGGCCAGAUGGUGAACAUACUGUAUCGGGAAAAUGAUUGGGUCUAUGUCAUUGGGCAGGAUUCCAGGCAAGAGGGCUUCAUUCCGUUUUCCUAUUGCGCGCCCUACAACACUCAAAUGGCUGAGCUGGCCAUCAAAAAGAAACUUCCGCGGGAGCAGUGCACCGAGCAGCAGCAUGACGACAAUGUGCCGCUUCUUUGCUCCGACAACAAGCUCGACGUACUCUGUGACGAAGCACCCAACGGCUCGCAUAGUAAUCUCGAAAAUAGCCAGCAUGUGGAACCUGAAUGUACGCCCUUCAUCAAAGAGCCGUCGGGACGUUGCAUUGUCUUGUACACGUUUAUUGCGCGAGACGAGAACGACUUAUCAGUAGAGCGCGGUGAAUUUGUCACUGUGUUAAAUCGCGAGGACUCCGAUUGGUCUUGGAUCAUGCGCAGCGAUGGUCAGGAGGGCUUUGUGCCAGCCAAUUUUAUAUAUCCGGCAGACAGUGUGCGCGUGCUGCAGCAGCAGAAGGCGGCGCCACUCAACGAAAGCAAUAUGCAGCAUCAUGCAAAUAUGACAAGUGGCGGUCUAAAUGCCAUGGAAACUAUGCUUCAACAACAGGCUCAACAGCACUUGACACCUCAACAGCAGCAUCAAUCACAGCAGUCACAACAACUAGGCAUUGGCACCGAUGAUUUGCGAUAUCAUGGCACAGAACUCGUUAUGCUUUAUGAUUAUAAAGCACAAGCGCCUGAUGAUCUUUCCGUGCGCCGCGGAGAUUGGAUAUAUGCCGAUUUGAACAACCAAACUGUUGACGGUUGGUUAUGGGCGUAUGCCCCCAAGACACGCAAAUAUGGGUUUAUACCAAAAGCCUACGCCCGCCCUCCUGCCAUGACUAGCCUUUGAGUAAUGCCAUUACAUUGCAAUAUGUACACGCUGUGCUUCCAUUUUAUACUUCCAAUGCAGUAGUUUAAGUGACAUUGUCUUAGAUUUAUUUAUAUAAUCAAUAAUAGAUAUUUCUUGCCCAUAUACAUUCAUAUAUCAUGUAUAUAUGUACUUACACAAAAUAA